CUUGAAAGGGCUUUAGACAAGGGACACCCAGUGACCCUGGAGGCAGUCCCGAAAGAUGUCCUACUGUCAAAGGAGGCUAUGGGUGCCAUCCUCUAUUUCCUUGGAGCUUUAACAGUGCUAAGUGAAGCCCAACAGAAGCUUCUAGUAAAAUCUGUGGAGAAAAAGAUCCUACCAGUGCAACUGAAGCUGGUGGAAAGCACCAUGGAGCAGAACUUCCUGCAAGAUAAAGAGGGUGUUUUUCCCCUGAGACCUGACCUGCUCUCCUCCCUAGGGGACGAGGAACUGACCCUCACAGAAGCUCUGGUGGGGCUGAGUGGUCUGGAAGUACAGAGAUCAGGCCCCCAAUACAUGUGGGAUCCAGACACUCUCCCCCGCCUGUGUGCACUUUACGCUGGCCUCUCCCUCCUUCACCUGCUGACCAAGGCCACCUAAUGUGCCUUCCCAGUCUGCUUCCCCAAUACCUUUCCAACCUGUGCUGUGUCUAUAACAUCACAAGACACUACAGAGCCUCUGAGCUGAGGGUAACUGAAAUUCCUGCUAGUUACCCAUGAUUACCAAGUUCUACCUGCCCUACCAUCAAUCUCCUCCUACCCUCCACCGCAGCAACCCAUCUGUGCAUGCCUAAAUCCUGAAGAUGUAGAAUCAUUCAAACCUUUAAAAUUUUGAGCCAUUUCAACAAAGCCCAAAAAAAGAGAAAUGAAAAAGAAGGAAGGGAGGGAGGAAGGAAAGAAGGAAGGAAGGAAGGAAGAAAGAAAGGAAGAAAGAAGGAAAGAAAGAACACUUUAAUUUCCUAUUCUAAUCCUUCCCACUUGUACCUCAAAAACAAAAUCUUACUGGAAUGAAUGGAAAACAUUACAGCAAUCUUAGGACAUGUCAUUUGGUGAUUUUCUUUAAAGGAAAUUAUUAAUUUGUGCCAGGAAAAGAAAUAAACAUUAUCCA